UGUCAAUGCAUGGAAGAAGCUGUCGUCAUGUCCUAUUUUCUCCAUUUUAGUUUGGCUAAUGUUUUGGUAGGCGUCAGUUUGCUGUUCGCGGAAUAGGCUGACAAAAUAAAUAAUGGGGAGAAAAAAGAAGAAGCAGAUGAAGCCCUGGUGUUGGUACUGUAACAGGGAUUUUGAUGAUGAAAAGAUUCUCAUUCAGCAUCAGAAGGCCAAGCACUUUAAGUGUCACAUAUGUCACAAGAAGUUAUACACUGGUCCUGGUCUGGCCAUCCACUGUAUGCAGGUUCACAAAGAAACCAUUGAUGGUGUCCCUAAUGCAAUACCGGGAAGGACUGACAUAGAGCUGGAGAUCUAUGGAAUGGAGGGUAUUCCAGAUAAAGACGUGGAGGAGAGGAGACGUAUGCUUGAACAAAAAACACAGGAUAAUCAGAAGAAAAAACAGCAAGAUGACUCAGAUGAAGAUGACGAGGAUGAAGAGGCUGGUCCCUCCUUCCAGCAGCCAGCAACAACCGUUCAGCCACAGGGACCCUAUGUCCCUAUGACCCAACCAGGAAUGGCCCCUGUCCCAGCGCCAGGGAUGCCACUUGGAAGCUACUCCGGAAUGCCCCCAAUGAUGCCUGGUGUCCAUCCGAUGAUGCCAGGGAUGCCUCCUGUCAUGCCCAGAAUGCCUCCAGGCAUGAUGCCAAUGAGUGGGAUGAUGCCACCUACACAUGGGAUGCCCCCAAUGAUGCCUGGCAUGCCACCAGGAUUGCCUCCUCACAUGGGUCAUCACCCUGGCAUACCCCACAUGGCUCAGGCCCCUCCUACUACCACCCGGCCAGCUGUGCCUGCCACCACAGUGUCCACGCCACAGCCGAGUGUCUCCAAGCCACUGUUUCCCAGCGCAGGACAGGUCCAACAGGCUGGUUCUGGUGUAGCGGUGAGCUCCUCUGCACCACCUUCUGCUGCUCCCAAACCAACAUUCCCAGCUUACACCCAGUCCUCCGCCACUGCUGCGGCCAACACCAGCAGCACUGUGGCCAAACCGGGCACCCCAGUCACAAGUAAGCCUGCCACCCUCACCACCACCAGUGCAACCAGUAAGUUGAUCCACCCUGAUGAAGAUGUAUCACUGGAGGAGUUGCGAGCACAGCUGCCUCGCUACCAGUGUAAAAUCCCUAGUGCAGGACAGGCCCAUGUGACUUCCCCACCAGCUGCACCAAUGGGAGGUGUGUUGCCCCCUCAGCAGGGCAUUCCUGCACAACAGCCGGGUGUUAGGCAUCCCAUGCAAGGGCCAUAUGGUGCUCCGCCGCAGGGAGUUCCUGGGUACGUCCCAGGAGGAAUGCCUCCUUACGGUCAAGCCCCACCCAUGGUCCCUCCCUUCCAGGCCGCUCCCCCUCGGCCUGCCAUUGGCCUGAGACCUUCUGUAAUGUCUCCUGGAGGCCGAUACUGAAGCGUCACCACUGGUCUUCAUUAGGUUUGCUGAUUCAACCAUUUUACCAUCUAGUGGCGUGCUUUACAAUCCAGAUCAGUAACCGUAACCCUGCUUGCAAUGAGGAGAUGUGUAGCGCAUGGGACAUUUAAUUAUUAUUUGGACCUACCCUUUGUUGCAGAUCAUACAGUCUGGCUUUUCUCUCAUGUUUUGUUUAGGUUUUUAGAAGUGUAGUAAAUAUGGUUCGUAUUAAUUUGAAGCGACUGGAGUUUCGUACAGCACCUUUAUCAAGGCAAGUCACUGUAAAUAUACUACUGUACUAAAAGUGUGAAGCCUUCGCAGCACCCAUAUGUGCUGUUGGGCGUCCCGUCCCCAGCGUUGCUUGGUGAGGGCUUCAGAUAUCGGUCACUGUUGGAUUGAUUUUUCUAAGUCUGCUUGUCUACAUUUACAGUGUUCUCUCUGUAGGGCCAAUAACAAAAGGAUUGCUGUGAAUGCUAUCUGUACUGUUCCACUAUGACUUGUAAUAAACUAUUGAAAUCUAA